AGUCUGGUUAGUUUUGCUAUUUGAAUAUUUAAUUUUCUUUUUUACCUUAACAGUGUGGAGAAAGUUCAAUAUAUUUCUUUUUACCUGAGUGUGGUUACUUACUACUUAUGAUUGUAGUACUUAGUUAAGGCAGAAAUAAGAGAAGUACUCAAAGGAUGUCGUGUGCUGUAGUGCUUCAACCAGUGUCCCGUUUGCCGUCUGGCUCAAGUCGUCUGCCUCGGAAGCGAUUUUGCACUCAAACGAAGACGACAUGGGUAGUUGCCUUAUCAGAACAACAAAACGCCGCGUCUUCUCAGCAAAGCUACUAUCAAUUUUUCGAACCAGCAUCAAGCAGAAAAGCGAGGAGCUGCUCACUUGAUCUUGUGUCCCAUGGAGGUGCCAGCUCGUCGUCGACAUCAUGGUCCGUUGUACCAACACUUACUGCCUGUCCAUCAUCAUCAUCAUCAUCAUCAUCCAGGUGUAGCAGUUUUUUACUCAAAUAUCAUGAGUCCUCUUCUUCCUUUUCCAUUAGUCGUGGUUUGUCGUCCUCUUCUCGAGCUUUCGCCUCUGGUGCCCAAGGACGCCCCAACGACCAGGCACCACCAUACGCUAGCGGACUCGCCUUUUUUGGAACAGCUUGUUUCUUACGGGAACAACAUUAGACAAGAUGAAUGCACUUAUAGUACACAAGAAAGAGUCUUUGUUGUAUAUCUGCGUCAUCUUCUCAGGGUAUGCAUAUCUUUGUUGUAUAUCUGCGUUUUCGUGGGCUCAGCUUCUAAGGGUAGGGAUGCUUACAGCUUAUUUCGUGUACGAUCGGAUAACGCAAUCGAACUACGAAAAGCUAAAGGCAGCUUUUGAUCGGCCGCAAUAUUCUUUCCAUUAUGAGCCCAGGCUUUAUGUUUUUGUUACACCGGUGCUCGAUGUGCAGGGUCCACAACCUAACGGACGUACUAGUCUCUUACACGAACGAUUUUCUGACUCCGGUGAAUAG